CCUCAAGCAACAAUGUUGCCCUAGUGGAUCGACCCCCGGUUCAUUUUGUUCCCCGAAGCCUGCAACUCCACCGUUCGGAUUGGUCACAAUCGAGACGGCCAUCCUCGUGGAGACUUACUAAGAGGCUUUAGGCUCUGAGAUAAUGUGAUGAGAUCCCUACAGCAUACAGAGACAUGCUGCUGCGUACGAAUGCAACACUCGACUAAUGCGCAGUAGAGGGGCCUUGCAUAUGUUUCGCACUACUAAUACUAGCCAGCCAACUGGAUUUCGUUGCACCCUCCGAAUUUUGACCCCCAACAUUGACUAUGGGCUGAAGUGUUUAAGCCCCUCCACCCUUAGUCUCAACCGGAUCAACACCAAGCGAAAUGACCCCGAGCCUCGAAUUCCACUCCUCAUUUCCGGAUCGCUCGGCUCACUAUUUGUGACGCUGAGAAUUAUGAAUUAUUCAUAUAAUUAGAUCUUGGAGAUCGCCACAUGUUUUGGAACCUAAUGACGAGGGAC